UCCUUUAUUUCUUAACCUAUCUUUUUCCACCCAAUCCUUUUCGCCAUUUCCAUUUCCUACUCGUACUUGUUGUAUUUUCUUUCUUUCCCUUUAAGUUUUUUCCUCUACUUCGUUUCUCUUACCACUUCUUUCGUAUAUCUAAUCAUUUCACCUCUCUUCUUUUUCAUUUGCUCUUUGCUUCUUCUCCUCUAUCAUUUUUUUCUCAUUUCUUCUAGUUUAAAUUCCUUCACUAUUUUGUCCUUCUCUUCAUUUUUAAAAUUUUUCUUUCCAUUACUUUAUUUACAUUUUCUUUUCAUUUUAUUUCUUACUUUCCACUUCCAUACUCUUCUUUCAAUUUGCAUUUCCUUUACGUUUAGCUCUGAUGCCCAUCCACCGAUGCGAAUGACCCGUUAUCUAUUCAUUUCAAAAAAUGUUUGUCGUUAAUUUUAGGACAGGUGAGGUCAUUGGUCCGGGGUUGUUACUUACUUAGACCAGACCAGAUUAAAGGCUUAGUUUAUUGAUGCACUUUUGCUAAUGUCUAGACGUGAAUACUUAAACCAGACCUUAAAAAUGUAGUUAGUUUUAUAAGGACGAGCCGAUUAAUCAUCCACAAUAAGGGCUUGUAAUUCUUACUUUUACAUUUUGGUCUUUUCUAAAGUAAAGUAACAUACAUUCUUCAUCUUUCUACUCCAUGAGCUGCUCAGAACUCUCUCUCUUUAACCUUUCGAACAGUAGAAAAGGUUAAUGCUACUUUUCCGACCAAGAGCACGUCCUCACAACUUCAGUAUAUACAGACGCCUUUCAGUUGCACUUUUCAUCAGACGAUUUUUUUUGCCAAGCGCGCAACGAAGAACUGGAGCCGAACGCAAGUAAUCAAUAAGUGCACAAUUUCACACAAAUGCAAACAGCAAAGAAGCGCCGCCUCACAGCGCAGCUGCUAUGAUAUGUCGCCAGCGCUGCUUAAAGGAAAAUAAUAAUCACAUCCGCAUUCAUCCGUCAGCGAAAUGUCAGCAUUUAACGCUUUCAACUUUUGAGCGUCACAUCGUGGCAUUUAUUUGCCGGCGCAAUUGAAAUGGAAAAAGGCGCACGGCAGCAUUUUUGCUCCACAUACAAAUGGAAAUAAAGGAAAAAUGUGUAACGAAACUAUGCUAAACUGCCGACGACGAAGUUAAGUGCAAACACGAAAUGAUAAAUAAUAAUAAUAAUAUAAAAGUUAUCUGGUUGUUGUUGUUUAGCCGCUACUACACCAACACCAGCUGCUCGCGGUGACAGCCCGCAGACAGGGAAGCGGUGCGCCUGCGACGGCAGGAUGCACUGUCAACGUGAAUGAGUUGUACGAUCACUACCUUGGCUUGGCGGCUGGUCGCUGCGGCUGCUUUGACGUACUGACAGUAGCUGACUGACUGACAAUAAUUACAUCAUGAUUGUGCGCGAACCGUUGCAUCAACGACAGCAACGCGGCGGCGCAAACUCGACCAACGCACAGCGCGUCUGGAUGCAAACGAACAUGUUUAUGUGUAUACGUAUGUAUAUAUGUAUGCGAAGCCUGGUUAACUGGUUGGCUAACCGCUCAUUUCGGUGGUAUUCCAUAUGUACACACACGUUAGUUACCUGGCAGCAAGGCAACUCCACUGUCAUGUCGGCAAAACACUUUGAGGAAUCCGGUAAUUUAUUGAUGAUCGCUAUGAUCAAAGGCAUGCGCAGCGCAACAGAGCAAAGAGCUGGGGAAGACGAAAGGUAGCGCAUAACGUGAACGAGGGUAUUUCAUGCCGCAGCAUGAUCAGUCAACCACUUGCCAGCGCUUUUGAUAACAGCGUGAAAAUACAGGCAGACUACUUUUUAUUCUAUGGAGCGUCAGUGCGCCACAACGCAACACUGACGGCGAUCUGUCACGUACGCUGCCACACCACAGUUGAUGCUGCUGUCCACUAUUGUCAGCUGCUUCCGCGAAUUGCGAUGACAACGAAGCAAAAAUGGGAUGCGCGUGUGAAACGCAUGCCACAGCGCAACGCGACGCGGCGGUGUUUAUAACAAAACGGCCAACCAACGCGGCAGGAAUACUUGGAAUUGAAUUGCGGCGGCAACCAAUGACAGUUAUUGGUGCGGCGCUGCUGCUACGCGCUGUGAGCGGAUCAUACAUUUUGCCAGUAGCUGACAGUUUGGCUGACUGAUUGACUGACAGAUGACUGCUGGAUGCUGCCAACUACCGCAGAACACCUCAAGCUGCUACUCAACUAAAGUCAAUUGCAGUCAGCGCCAACAAAGUGAUCAUUUAUGUUCCACAACGAUCCACAAGAGCUUGUGUCCACAACGUAGCAUUGCCUACUUAACGGCGCACAACGCCCAGCGCAUAACAUUAGUUCUACACAGCGUGUUCAUCGCAUUAUUUUGCUUGGCGGUAAUACAGCCGACAUACGCGCGCUCCACAAACGCAAAUCGAGCGGCAAAAACCGCAUUAACGGCAACGGCGCCCAUUGCCGAUUCGUUGGUUGGCAACGCUGCCUCAUCCGGUACUUUUUUAAACUCUUCGAAUAUUAUGAUGUCGGCACACGAGAGAAAUUCGCUGGAUUUGGGCGCCACAACUAAGCCUGCCCUGGCUGUGGUGGAAAACCGACGCGCGCUAAAGCUCGUCCAGUUCAAUAAUAUCUCAGUCGUAUGUAAUGAUGGCUCGCGCGCUGGUUUCUAUUUGCGUAAAAAUCCCAAUUCGAAGAAAUGGAUUGUGUUCCUGGAGGGCGGUUGGCAUUGUUAUGAUGCGCGCUCAUGUCGUGCGCGUUGGUUGCGGCUGCGCCACUUGAUGACGUCGACACAAUGGCCUGAAAAACGUGAUGUUGGUGGCAUACUCUCACCGUUACCGGAAGAGAACCCCUAUUGGCACAAUGCAAACCAUGUGCUCGUGCCCUACUGCAGCAGCGAUUCGUGGUCGGGUACGCGCGACACAAUCGACGAGAACGCUAAAUUUCGCUUUAUGGGUGCUGUUAUCUUACGUAAUGUUAUUGCCGAACUAAUACCACUCGGUUUAGGACGAAUACCUGGUGCGGAAUUGUUGCUUGUCGGUUCGUCGGCAGGCGGUCUUGGUGUUAUGCUAAAUUUAGAUCGCAUAACCAAUUAUUUGCAGCAAGAACGUAAACUGAUGGUGACAGUGCGUGGUGUGAGCGACUCAGGUUGGUUUCUCGAUCGUGAACCCUACACCCCAGCUACAGUAGGCUCCAGUGAGGCGGUGCGUCAAGGUUGGAAGCUCUGGCAAGGAUCACUUCCAGAAGCUUGCGUUGAACAAUAUCAAGCAGAACCGUGGCGUUGUUACUUCGGUUACCGACUAUAUCCGACGCUCAAAGCACCGCUCUUCGUCUUUCAAUGGCUGUUCGAUGAAGCACAAAUGCGCGCGGACAAUGUAGGCGCACCAGUUACACCCCAACAGUGGAACUACAUACAUGAGAUGGGCGGAGCGCUGCGUUCGUCCUUAGAUAACGUAACUGGCGUAUUCGCGCCCUCUUGUAUCGGGCAUGCUGUGCUCUCCAAACGCGAUUGGAUCAAUAUCAAAAUUGAUGAUAUCUCUUUACCAUCUGCACUACGUUGCUGGGAGCAUUCGACACGUCCACGCCGCCGUCGACACAACAUCGGUAAACAAACUCACUUAGAGCACACGGAACAAAAGCGUCAUCGCUCAAACAACGAAAAUCAAAGAAUCUUGCACAAAAACCGUAUAACCAAACAACACAAAGAGAAGAAAGACAACAACUUCGAGCCACAACAUGGUACACGUCAACGCUUAAGUAAAGCUGAGCGUGAAGAACGACGACGACUACGACAUGAACGUCAACAGAGGCGUCAACGUAAGUUACAACAACGCAACAAAAACAAACAUCGCAAUCGUCACGAGCGUCGACGUAACGAAGCCGAACGCAAGCGUAACAACAACUUGCCACCGAACGAUAACGCCACAGCAUUACAUGAUCAACAUCCCAACAAAAAACAACGUAACCACAACAAACCGAAAACCAAUGGUGGUGAGCGUAAACACCGACCGGGCCAGAAGUCACGUAAGGAACGUAAAGAACAACGUCAACAACAACUCAGGUUACAUAACACCGGCAAAUUCGUACAACCACAUGAUUUACAACACAACGAACAAGCCGUCGAGGCGACAACACAAUUCGCUUUGCAAAAGAAAAACAUGCGUCGCAAUCGUGUACCGCGUGUACCCGAAAAAUGCGCUCUACGCCUGCUCGAACGUUGCAGUUGGCCACAAUGCAAUCACUCCUGCCCGAUGGUCACGAAUCCAUUGACCGGCGAAGAGAUGCGCUUCCUCGAGCUGCUUACCUCUUUCGGUCUGGAUAUUGAAGCUGUUGCCGCGGCGUUGGGUAUUGACAUGCAGACCCUCAGCAAUAUGGAUCGCACCGAGCUGAUUAAUCUGCUGACGCAACAGGCGAGCUGAUCGUCGGUGUAAAUGCAAGUGGUUGUGUGGAUGCAUAUGUGUGCUUGGGUGUUCAUAAAUGUAAAUAUUAGUUGCUUAAGUCGUAAAUAGUUCAAAGUUCAAAUUAAUAUUGUAAGUGUUGUGGGUGUAUGUAGCGGUGUAUGCAGCAGAACAGUUUGGGCGCAUUGUUGAAAUGAAAUGGAUGUACUAUGGAUGGAUGGUUGUACUUGAAAAUCAUUUACUGCGGCCAACUGUAAGCUGUGUUUUAUAGUAUUUUUGGUAAUUACUUAAAGACAAAUAUUAAGCCCAGUUGUUAGGAAAAACUAAUUUAUUGUUUUUGUUGUAAGCCACUUUAGUUUAAUUUCAGUUAUAUGCAUAAGUUUUAAGCCAAAAUGAAAAACAAUGAUAUUCGCAAGAAGCAAAAAGUGAGUUCGAGAGCGAGAGCGUUUUUAAGCGAUUACACUAAUACAAUAUGAUUUUUCCAGAAAAGUUUUUAGUAAAAAUUUUUUAAAUAAUUUUUGAUUUAUAAAUGAAAAUGAUACGUAAAAUGUAAAAAACUGAUUAAAACAAUUCGAAUCUCUCCAAAAUUUGCCCAAAAACACUUCGCUACAGUGGUGAUCAUAUAAUUAAACAUUCAUUAGUUAAAUAACGCUACUCGAACGCACCCGUUAAAAUCGCAUUUAUAACAAAAAUAACUCGAAAUGUCACAUUAUACUCAAAAUCAUAAAAAAAUAAAAACAUUUAUAUACACGAAUGUAAACACAAAAUGCAACAAUGAGACUGUUACUUAAUUAAAUUAUUAUUGUUAACAAUUAAACUAAAUAAUUUUAUGCAUAAAAAAUUAAAAUAAAAUAAAUUAAAAGUUAUGCAAACGAACAAAAAAAAUAAAAAAUUAUAAUUAUUAGUAAUUUCAAAAAAUAUAAACAUAAAAAAAGCAAUUACCAACACAGUUAUGAUUACACAUUCAUUAUGUAGCAAAUGUACUUAAUUAUGUAGCAGCAUAUGAAAUCAAUAUUUGUUUGCAACUGAAGCACGAUCAUAAAUCUACCUCAAUAGAACUUAAAAAACUAAUUAAUUAAAUAAUUAAAAUGCUAUUUAAUUUUAUAAAUAAUUAAACAAAUUACAAUAUUUGUAAUAUAAAUACUUAAUUGUAAUUUUCAUCAAUAUUAUUGAUCCGAAAUUAAAAAAAUAUAUAUAUAUUUCCGCACUAAGUAAAAAUUUUAUAAUACAAAACCAGGCCAUUUUACUUCAACCAUCCAUGAAUAUUUAUUAAAACAAAUAGUUAAAAUAUUAUUUACGCUAGCAUAUUUAAUUUGUACCUGUAAAUCUCUUUAAAUUAUUACAAUGAAGCUCAUUAAAACAAACACACACACAGAAACAAAAAAAUAUUGCAUUCCUUCGGCUUAAUUAACUUAUAAUCACAAUAAGUUUUGUAUAGUUUUUUGCAUUUAUUUAUUUGUUUUAAAAUUAAAUUUAUAUUUAUUAUAAGUCACAUUACAAAAACUCGAAUAUAUGUAUAUGUAAAUAUAUAAAUUUUUAAAUUAUUAUUUAAUUGUAAUUAAAAAAUAAUAAUUUGUAAAUAUUUUAUUUUAAUUUUACUUAUUUAGAUAACUUAAUAUUUUUUUAUUUAACACAAUAGAAAUAGAAAUACUUAAUUAUUUUAAUAUAUUUAAGACAAAUGUUAUGAUGAAUUGUUGUGUCAGAGUGCAAAAAGGAUUUAAUAUGCUUUGAAAUGAGUGAAAUUAAAAAUAUAAACUUAUAUUUAAAGGAAAAAUAAAUGAUAAAUUAAAUAAUAACAAAAAAUUAAUAAAUAUUUUUUUAAUAUUCUUCGAAUAAAAUAGUAACCGAACUCUAGGAAUAAGUACAAUUUUUAAGUAGCCACUGUGUCUAGCUCAUUUGAGAAGACUCUCCGCACUCUCCCCCACAAUUUCAACACUUUUUGCCAAAAUAUUUUUAUUUUCACUUUAUUUGCACUGACUUCAUAACACUUCAUGAAAUCUUUAAAUAGUUAAUUUCAUAAUUUUAUUGUUUACAGUUAUCACAGCGUUGUUUCAUGCGACACAAAUCACUAUCAGUUGGCGCUGAAUUGAUAAAUGAGUUUAAAUGACAUUACUGACGUUUUUGUUAUUGCGUCAGACAUUAAAUAAAUGACGAGCAAAAUUUUCUGCUUAUAUUUAAUAAUAUCAAAUGUCAUGCUCAUCCUUAAUUGAUAAAACAGGGUGCUUGCCAAAUGAUUUGAUAGAGUAAGAAAAUUAUUAAAAUAUUAAAAUAACGGUAAAGUGCUCCAAAAGUGAUGGAAAUGAGACUAAAAUUAAUUCAUUAUGAGUACUAAAAAUGGAUGGCAACAGUUUUUUGGUACUUUCGGUGUUGUCAAUAUAACUUCUAUACAAUUGUAUUAGCAAAGUUAGAAUUAGGUGUUAUAUGCACUGUUUUGUCUAAUAACUUGUUGGCAUUUUGUAGACAAUUUCAUAAUGCCACUCCCAUGGUAAAUAGUAACACUCCUCCCUAUUCGGAAGAAAUUGAGACAGUCGAUUUUCAAAAAUUUUAUUUCAGCGGAAUUGUUAACCAGCAAAAUCAUUCGAUAUUAUCAGAGAUCUAUAAGGUGAGGCAUAAAAACAUCUCAACCUACUUCCUGGAGCUUUGGACGAGUCAUUAUCGAGGUGUGGUCUGGCGCUCUCCAGUUAAUACACAAUUCCUCUCCUGUUAGCCAAAUCUGACCACUUUUUGGCGACCGUACAAUUAUUAACAAUACAAAUCCGAAUUAAGAGAAUGGCUUCAAAUAUAAAAUAUGGCGUAUUUGCUCUUUGCUAGUGUCCAUCUUUGAAGCGUGUUCAAACAAUAUUGAGUCAAGCGAAAACAAAACUGUCUGAGAAUCUUUUUUAGUACAAAAUCUAAUAUAAUUAUAUGUGAGUA